AUGGGUAAGUCGUCCAAAGACAAGCGCGAUGCGUACUACCGUCUUGCAAAAGAGCAAAAUUGGCGCGCCCGGUCCGCCUUCAAGUUGAUCCAAAUUGACGAACAAUUCGACCUCUUCGAGCACGAGAACCCGGAUAAAGUGACAAGAGUGGUGGAUCUUUGUGCUGCGCCAGGAAGUUGGAGUCAGGUCCUCAGUCGUGUCUUGAUCAAAGGCGAAAGUUUCGGGCGGAGAGCAUGGCUCGAAAAAAAGCGCAAGGAGCAGCAGGCCCUACAGCGGGGUUCCGGUCAGCCUUCCAGUGACGAGAAUGAUACCGACGAUCACUAUGAAAUUGGAGAGGCCGAUCCCAGCGCAGAAUUGAAGCCUCGUAAGAACGUCAAGAUUGUUUCCAUCGAUCUCCAGCCCAUGGCGCCACUCGAGGGCAUCACCACUCUCAAAGCCGAUAUUACCCACCCCUCCACCAUUCCUCUGCUGCUGCGCGCACUGGACCCCGAAGCAUAUGAGUCUUCGUCAACCACCUCCGACUCGCCAUCGAAUACUCCUGCGGCUAUCCGGCAACCGCACCCCGUCGAUCUAGUCAUUUCCGAUGGUGCACCAGAUGUCACCGGCCUCCACGAUCUCGACAUUUACAUCCAAUCUCAACUUCUAUAUGCGGCCCUCAACCUUGCCAUGGGUGUCCUUCGCCCAGGCGGUAAAUUCGUUGCUAAAAUCUUCCGCGCCCGUGAUGUGGACCUCCUCUAUGCCCAGCUGCGCACCGUCUUCGAGCGAGUCAGCGUUGCCAAACCUCGGAGUAGUCGCGCUAGCAGUUUAGAAGCAUUCGUCGUGUGCGAGGGAUUCAUUCCUCCUGUGAGCAACAAUGGGGUCGUUGGAACGGCGGCAUUGAAGAACCCUCUUUUCGGCGGUGCGGCGGCGCCGAGACCUGUAUCGGAGGAUGGCAACCUCGCUGUUGAGGUGCCCGAGGAAGACGAGAACGCUCAGUCACAGGCUAUCCUUAGGGAAGCCACAUCUGGUGAUGACAAAGUCUCUGAUCCAAAUCAUUCCACAAAAACCAAUUUCCUACACCCCACUUCCCCGCCAAUGGACCCCCCAUCAACACAGAAGCCCUCUCCUAAAUUUUCCGAGGAGAACCGGUGGAUUCCUUCGUUCAUUGCUUGUGGAGAUCUCUCUGCUUGGGAUUCUGAUGCAUCAUACGCUCUUCCGCCGGACUAUGUCAGCCUGGACCCUGUUCAACCUCCGACUGCGCCGCCAUAUCGCAAGGCUUUGGAGUUGAGGAAGAAAAUGGGCGGUGCUUACGGCAAGACUAAAUACUUCAAGUCGACUAAGACGGCCCUAGCAUGA